CUUCAAGGUAGAACGUACUGGUCUCGAGCUAGGAAGGAGCGGUUGAGGAACUCACUUGGCACAGCUUUUCGGCCGACAAACUAUGAGGCUGUCGAUACUCCAACCCAACACGGUCAAAAUAUCCAUCUCAAUGCAUCUUCUUAUCACCGAAAUUCUGACACGGACUCCGGCCAAAGUCAUGUGUAAAGAGGAUGACCUUGGGUAAUGACUAAAACUUCGAGAACACUUCCGCCGACCUCAACACCAUUGAAGACUCGACGAGAUGGAAUCUGCAAACACAACCACCAAGCUUGAUCACAAUGGCAAAUACCUACUCGUCCUACUCUGCUACGUCUCCGUGCUCAACUCAGCGACUCAAGGUUAUGACUCCGCUAUGAUGAACGGUCUCCAGAUCCUACCUUCAUACACAGAAUACUUCAACUUGACAACUUCAACAACUUCACUGAAUGUCGCCGUUGUGUUUCUGGGCUCUGUGGUCGCUACACCUUUUGCGGGUGCUUUGGCAGAUCGGUGGGGUAGGAAAUGGGGCAUGGCUGUCACGGCAGCCAUAGCUUUGUUGGGUGCGGCGAUUCAAUCUGCUGCUGUGCAUGAAGCUAUGUUUUGCAUCGGUCGGUUUAUUGUCGACAUCUCCAUCACUAAAGGCUCCACAGCAGCACCAGAUUACAUAUCAGAGACCUCGCACCCCAAACACCGCGUCCUUCUCACCGGUCUCUGUGGAGCAGCAUGGUAUGUCGGUGGUGUAGCCGCCGCCGCCAUAACUUUCGGCACCCAAUACCUCUCCACGACAUGGAGUUGGCGAGCACCCUCUUUGCUUCAAUUCCUGCCUUCAAUGCUUUGCUUGAUUGUCUUGCCGUUCGUUCCCGAGAGCCCCCGUUGGCUGGUUUACAAUGAUAGAUACGAGGAAGCGAGGGUUGUAUUGUUGAAAUACCACGCUAACGGUAACGAGGACUCCGAGUUGCUGCGGGUUGAAAUGGCGGAGAUUGUGCAAACGCUAGAGUAUGAGAAGAGUGUCCAAAAGGCGAGUUUUAGAUCUCUGGUGGCUACGAGACCGAAUCGAUGGCGUUUUGGUAUUGUGGCUACUGUGUCUAUUUUCUGUCAAAUCUCUGGAAACAACAUUAUUACCUAUUAUUUGGGUACUGUUCUCACCACCGUCGGCAUCACAGGGGUACAAACACAAUUGGCUAUAAAUCUAGGCUUGAGCGUUUUCAACCUCAUCUGUGCUAUAGCAGGUAGUUCUGUAUGCGAGAAAAUCGGUCGAAGACCCUCAUUCCUGGUCUCUACAACAACAAUGGCUCUCCUCCUCAUAAUCGUCAGCGUCCUCACAAAACAAUUCGCAACCACCACAUCCCAAGCCGCCUCUGCCGCCCAAGUAACACUAAUUUUCCUCUUCUACCGCGCAUACUCAUUGGUCUGGACACCACUAGCCUACCUCUACCCCUUAGAAGUGCUAUCCUUUUCCUUGCGCGCAAAUGGUAUGGCGUCGUACAAUGGACUCUGCUAUCUAGCCGCUUUCUUCAACACGUAUAUCAUCCCUUAUGCGAUGAGAUGGUCAAGUUGGGGAUUUUAUUUGAUUACGGCGCUUUGGUGUUUUGUGGAAGUGGGGAUUAUGUGGGUCUACUUUCCGGAGACCAAGGGAAUGACUUUGGAGGAGGUGGAUGUUGUCUUUGAUGGAACUACUCAUGCGGAUCUUGAUAUUGAGAUGAAAGGGAUUCCGGUGGUUGAGGGUGAAGAAGUCAUGGAUGAUGUCGUUGGAAAAUAUGGGAUCAACGGGAAGGUCAAACAGUAGCGAUUGAGGGUCAAGAUUUCUUAUGCUCCAGCCAUAGUCGCAACAUCCUUCUGUGCCUCUUUCGCCGUCUCCUCAUUUUCAUACCCAUCUUUCUUAUUGUCCGAAGCAGGACUCCUGUCUAAAGCAUGUUUGAAGAUUGGGCUCUGCUCGAGCAUUUUCCAGUCCAUAACCAUGUACGCAUUUUGCUGUGAUAACUUGACCUCCUCUGCACCUCGUGUACUGACUUCAUGGGCAUAAGACUGGAGUUGUUCUGUCAGAUCUGGAGAAGCAGAGAGAGAGAGAGGCGUGAUGAGCGGUGAGGAUGUUGACAAGAUUGUAUGCAUCUUGAAUUGCAUGAUUAAGUCCCUGUUCACGAUGAGGUGGCAUCGCGUGCGCGGCGUCACCUGCCAGGACAACCCUUCCGUUUCGACUGUC